ACAAUAUACAGACCGAUAAGCAGACCACCUACCUUUCCGCAUUUGGGACAACCACUCCCAUCAAAGCGGAGACAAUACCAUUUAGUCAUUAUAGACAGUAUCUCUGGUUCGGGCGAGUUUCGUUGGUGACGUCUGUCGCCAGUACCCGCCCCGUUCAGCUAUCGCCUUGCUUUGCUGCAUAGACCGCGCAGGAACCUGGACCAAACGAGGCGGAAUUUCAGUUGCUUAUCCAUCAUCGAUAUGGGAAUUAUACCAUUCUUUCAGAACCAAGCUCUUAUCCCAUACUAUCUGAAGCCAGUCCACUUCGAGACACAGACUAUAAAAACUGCCGGUUGAAGGAACACCAGCAGUAGAUUGUUAUUAUUGCCUUAGCCAGUACAGCAUUUACAGAAUAUGUUUCCUGCUGAUGCAGGGAUGAUAUACCACCUUGUGCGAUGAGAAGUAGCCUAACGUUUUCUCAGAACUGGAGAUGGGCAUUUUCUAAAUUGUCCUAAUUGAUUUUGGGAAAAUGCUCGGGACAAUUUUAGUGCUCUGUAUGUCUGUGGCGCUACUGUACAGUGUAGUUGGUGAGGCCUCCAGCCAGCCUCUGACACCCAGCCGAGGCACUGAGACAGAGGCCCUGUCUGCCCGCCACUACUACCACACAGACCCCAGCACAGGCAUUCAGCUGGUCUGUGACAAGUGCCCCGCGGGCACCUUUGUUUCCAGACACUGUACCCAGACCAGUGUGAGGGAUUGCAGCCGCUGUGACGAGGGCACAUUCACUCACAGAGAGAACGGGAUUCAGCAUUGCCACCGCUGCAGGAGGCCCUGCCACGCCCCCCUCGUUGAAAAGGUCCCCUGCACGGCCACCUCGGACCGGAUCUGCACCUGCCCUCCGGACACCUUCACCCAGGGGGACAGCUGCACGGCUCACUCCCUGUGCCCUGUGGGCUCAGGGGUUAAGAAGAGGGGCAACGAUGUGGAGGAUGUGCGCUGUAAGGCGUGCGCACGGGGGAGUUUCUCUGAUAUGGCCUCCAGUGUGUUGAGGUGCAGGACACACACAGACUGCCUGACCCACGGUCUGCCCCUACUGGCGACGGGCACUAGAGAGACAGACAACAUCUGUGGACCUGCUUCUCCCACCUCCCCCACCCUCUUGGGACCUGCACAGUCUGCCUUCGUCCAGGAGCCCUCCUCUUCCUCCUCCUCAUCUGGCCCAGUACGUAAAGACAACUUCAGACUGACAGCAGGUGCUGAGGACUUAGAGCUCUUACUGAGUGCCACAGGGAUUCUACCCAGCCAUGGCCAGGAUUCCCCCCCAGCAGGCUCCUCCGAAGCCAGCCCCGAAGACAAUGGAGAGGUCCUGAACCUAGCCGCUACGCCUGAAGCCCAGGACUCCACACGGACUCUACCACACCACAAGUACUCUGUUCCCAGUGAUAACAACCGCACCCACCUGGCGGCCAACAACCGGGCCAUGGAUGGCAUGGAGGAUGGAGCUGGUGUGGGAGUGGGCAGAUGGGUGCAGAGCUCAGGGUACAGGCCCACGCGGAGGGGCUCCCCCAGACCCAGCACUCAUACGCACUUUGACAUCAAUGAGCACCUGCCCUGGAUGAUCGUUCUGUUGCUGCUGCUGGUGCUGGUGGUGAUCGUGGUGUGCAGCGUGAAGAGGAGCUCCAGAGUUCUGAAGAAGGGUCCAGUCCAGGACCCCAGCAGCAUCAUUGAGAAGGCAAUCCAGAAGAAGACCUGCCCCCCGACACAGACCAAGGAGAAGUGGAUCUACUACUCCAACGGACAGGGUGUGGACAUCCUGAAGUUGGUGGCAGCUCAGAUUGGCAGCCACUGGAUUGACAUGUACCAAUCCCUGGCCAAUGCCACGGAGCGUGAAGUGGCAGCAUUCUCCAACGGCUACCAGUCGGACCACGAGCGUGCAUAUGCUGCCCUGCAGCACUGGACCAUCCGCGAUGGGGACGCCAACUUGGCUAAGCUCAUCAACGCCCUGCACCGCCACCGCCGUAUAGACGUGGUGGAGAAGAUACGGGGCAUCAUGGAAGACAAUCCUCAGUUUAAUCUGACCCAGCUGAUGACUGUGAAUGUAACCCCGAGCCACAGUCCUGUCCACAAGUCAUUGGAGUCUCCUGGGGUGGUGGUGGAGCAGUCUCCUGUGGACCGGACCAAGGGCUUCUUCCCCGACGAAUCAGAGCCUCUGCUCCGCUGUGACUCCACCUCCAGCAAAGACUCCGCCCUCAGCAGGAACGGCUCAUUCAUCACCAAAGAGAAGAAAGACACGGUGCUGCGUCAGGUCCGGCUGGACCCGUGUGACCUGCAGCCCAUCUUCGACGACAUGCUGCACAUCCUAAACCUUGACGAGCUGCAUGUCAUCGAGGCGAUCCCCAUGGCAGAGGACAAACUGGACCGCCUCUUCGAGAUUGCCGGGGUCAAGAGCCAGGAGGCCAGCCAGACCCUGCUGGACUCGGUCUACAGCCACCUGCCUGACCUCCUAUAGGCACACUCAGGGAGCCUCCCUUUUUUCACCUUUAUUUAACCAGGUAGACUAGUUGAGAACAAGUUCUCAUUUACAACUGCGACCUGGCAGUUGUAAAUUCUCUCUCUUCUCUCUCUAUGAUCCUGCACACUCUCACCCCCAGGCCAGACCAUACAGCCACAUGCCUGACCUCUUGAAGUCUCCUUCCAUCACUCCCCCCAUGUUGAGGGGAGGGGUCCAGGCUCCCCCCCACACACAGCCCCCCAUGGUGAGCCUGCCUGCCUGGAGGAAGGGCAGGACAGAGUGGCCAGCCUGGAGUUCUGGGCAGACAUAGCACCACCAUCACCACUAUGCUUAUUAAACCAUAGCUAUUGCCCUUGUGUCAAUGUAGCAUUAAACAAGUGUUCUAUUUACAUUUUUGAGAUUAUAAACCCAUAUUCAUGCAAGCAAACUUCAACAACACACUCUCAUGCACAAUGUCUAUAAAUGUCAAACAUCCCACAUGAAGAAAUACUAUAGUCUGCACUAUGGUAGGACUACUACAGUUUUCACUGUAGUGUUUUUGCUAACUUUACUGUAGUAUUUACUAUAGUAUACUGUAGUAUUUACAGUUUACUAUAGUAUAAAUACUGUAGUAAAAACAAGCAGUAGUGUAUACUAUAUUAAUUACGGUAAUGUUUUUGCAGACUGUAGUAUACUGUAGUAUUUACUGUAGUGUUUUUGUUUUAUUAUCUUUGACAUAGAAGUGGGGGGCAUUCUCCUUGAAGAAACCUACUGGAGAAAUACUCAGAGUAAAUUUUCCAUAACCUGUAGGUAGUGCUGGGUUCUGACACGGAGAGUUCAGAGCUUCUACUCUUUUCUAUAACCAUAGGGAACACAAUAUAUGGUCUAAACUUGGCAUGUAGGUUUCAAACUUACGGGUGGCCCAAAUUGGGACUUGGGGGAGGGGAAUGGGCAGGGUACAGUAUGUACACAUUAUAUACUGUAGUAUUUACUAUAGUUAAAAAAAAAAAAUUGUGGACUGUAGUAUUUUUGCAGACUUUUUUGUACUAUUUACUAGUGUUUUUUUGUGGAUAAUACUGUAGUAUUUACUAUAGUAUUCUACAGUACUACAAAAUUCUAUACUAAGUCCUACACAUGAUCGAGGGAUACUACAGUGUAUACAAUUGUAUAGUAUACUACAGUUUACUACAUACUUCUAUAUACUGUAGUAUUCUAGAAUAAACUGUAGUAUUUUUUUAUGGGGGACACUACGACACACACUCAUGAUGCACAAUGUCUUACACUAAUAGUAUGUAAUAUGAUUGAUGCACUAAUUCUUGUUCUUUGAGUAACAUAACCAUUUCAUCUGUAUGCAUUCUGCCAUAUGUGCUUCAAUGUCUCUUUGAAAUGGUGUUUACUUACAUGUCAUACUUAUUUUUUUUCAACAUUUAGUUUGAGUAUUAUCAUUUGUAGUUUUUUAGCUUUUUGAUUUCUUAGCAACUAGUCUUGAUUUCAAUGGCAUUCUGAUAUGUCCCAGCUUGGUGUAAUGAGACCAUCUUACUGGAUGUAAGAUAUGCAUAGUUGCUCCAUAUUCUACUUGAAUCUGACAGUCAUCUUCUGGAUUGUGGUACUUGAUAAAAAAAUAACAAUGUACAACUAUAGUUCCUUUUAAAUUCAACAUCUUUAAAAAAAAAAAAAGCACCACCAAAAACAUGUUGCUGUGAAGUGCCAGUAUUCAACUCGCAGAUGUUAGGAAAGGAACACAGACUGACUUUUUGCCAAGCCAAUCGUAUCAAGCUAUUCUGGUGCUAGACUUGAAAUUCUCUAGUUGGGCAUAAUACCAGGAUGAUAUGGGCGGCUUUCAGGACAAUCGCUACUAAAGUAUUCUGGACUUUGCAGGGGGUAAAAUAGAUGCAGCUGCUCUGGACUUUGUUGGACAGAAUUGAAGUGUUGUUCGAGCUGUCCACAUCGCUGUUGGGUCUAAUGUAGGUGUGUGAAGGUAAGCAUGUAGAACGAGUCUGAAACAUUGAAGUUGAGGUAUACUGUACAUGUACUCUGGUGGCUGUUUUUAAACAUAACACGUGUAACCAGUACAUUUACUAUUAUGUAAAAUCUUAAAUCAACCAAUUAAAGUUCAAAACGUUUGUCAUAA